AUGCUACUUGCAGGGUCGCGAUAUGGUUCUUCUGAGGAGGGGAGUCUUUGGUCAUAUUACUAUGGCCGACCUCGUACUUUACCAGUUCUCCAUGGCGUUGACAUGACUCUCGGUUCUGGUAAGAGCGUCAAUGACGUUCAUGGAAGAAAGAUCAAGGAAGACUUCACUAUGCUGGCUGGGUUCUAUCAGAACUACAAGACGAGGGAGAGCGCGACGCAUAUCGCUGAGAGGGGGGAGGUGCCGCUGGAGAAGUUCAAGGAAUCUAUAUCGACUUGGGCAGAAGGUGUGCUCUGA